UUUAAAAUAUAAUUCAAAAAAAAAAAGAAAGUAAAAUAUAAGUAUGAGACGAGGCAUCUCUCUAAGAACCCUAUUCUCAAUUUUCUUCUCAUAAACACUAAUCUCAUCGUGAUGCUCUUCUCUCUCUGCAUCUCGCUCAUUACUUUGACCAUUUGAUCAUAAGGUGGUAAGUGGUGAGCAAGUAACUCAGGAAAAUCAGAAAUGAGUCCUUCUCCAACUCUGCUCAAUUCAAGCAAUUUACACACAAGGAAAAAGCUUCAAAGUUCAAAGACUGAUGAUUCAGUCUACCAUAUAAACACUAAAAUGAAAAUGCUAUUUGUACUGAUUUUCGACUUUUGGAUCGCAAAAGUAGGAACCAGGCUGAACAAUAUUGUAAAUUGUUCAAGGUACAAUGAGCAAUCCAAUAAAUCAUCUCAACAAUCGGGCUUUUAUAUCAUGGAACGAGGUGGGGACGAUGAGUGGAGUGCGUGGUUGGAUUAUGAUGGUGAUGAUGGUCCAUCCGUGCUAGAAGGAUCAAGUGUUGAUCAUGAACAACCAUCCAUGGAAGAAGGUAGUGGUGAUCCUGAACAACCAACACAGAAAAAUACUCGCGGGAGAAGCAAACGAAACGAUAUAUCAAAAAUGGUUAGCGAGGGAAAAAAGUUAGAGGUUGAGUACAACAACUACGGACAACACUGGGGAAAGGGAGCGACGACAAAACUUACUCGAAUUGGAGCAUGGGUGCGAACUAAUAUUCCACUUCGAGAUAUUACGUGGCCUAGAGUGAGUCAGGACCUUACAAACCAAUUAUGGGAACACAUAAAGGCCGCGUUCGAUGUACCAGACACAGAUAAGAAAUUAACAAUUUCUAAAAGUGGAGAUAGGUGGAAAGACUGGAAAAAUACCCUAACAGAAGGUAUUUUUACAUUCAAAGAUGUGGCUCUCCAUCUUCUCGAGAAGCCCCCCAAACUUUAUGAAAAAAUAAUUGAUUUGCAAGAAUGGAGAGAGUUUGUGGCCUCGAGAUUAAGUCCAGAAUUUGAGGUGAAGAGGAAGAAGGCCCAAAAGAGUAGGUCUUGUAAUGUUUACAGCCAUCGCACCGGAUGA